AAACGAAAACGAGACUAAUGAAAUAUCAACAAAAUGGACACCACGCGUGACUUAUGAUCACUUAUUUGUUGACAAGUACGCUUUGAAUAUGAUUGUUUCAUUGUUGUAUGUUGUAUAUUAUAUAUUAUUGUAGGCUCAGCAAUGAUCGACAAUCUUUGAUUGUCCAUAGCAAACUUGAGAUAAAGGCUUGUUUGCUGUACUGAUGGAUACAAUAAAUUGAUAUUUUCAUGAACUGGUACACACGGAUUAUAUUUUGAUUUGUGUGAGUUUGACUUGGUUAAUGUGGAUUGAGUAGUACAUCAAUUUACAUAGUACAGCGAUUGGGAUAAGCACGAGUAUGUAUUGGCAAGGUGUACCUGGAACUGCUAUGACUUCCAAAUAAUAUCACAGCUGCCAGCGAAGUUGAUUCGAAUAAAGCGCGGAGCAUUGCCUGUGAAUAAUGUACCAUAUGAGGAAGUUGAGCCAUGGGUCUAAAAUGACGAAUUAUCGUUAUCUUAGAUGUUUCCUUUGGAAUUCUACUUCUGUUACCUGAACUAACUAUUUGUUUAUAUCAUAGAAACAUUAAAUUGAUUAAUUUAUUGUUAUGAGAUGGGCUGGCUGCUGCUCACAGAUUCAGUUUUUUUUCUCUACGAGUGGUAGUAGUUGAUUGAAAAAUAUGCCCUUGAAGCAUGAAAUAUUCUGUCCAAUUAGCUAAUUCCACAACAUUCUACUGAUUGGUUUGAAUGAUACAGCUGAAAUUAGAGUUGAAAGACAAAAGUUCCAUGAAAUUAUUUGCAAACACUCAGAGCAGACCUGAAUAUUAAUGACCAUGGAAGAAGAAAAUGACUUUAUUUUCAUGGAAUUUUCUGUGGUAGAUGAAUGUGGCAGUGAUGAAGAGGAAGAAAAUGAAGACUCUCAUCAAGAUGGUAUUCAUGUGUUGGAUGAGGUAGAUUCAUCUAAACCCUCAAAAAAUGAGGACUUCUUUGAAGACAUGGUGGUACUAGACAUCAGUACGAGUCCAACAAAAGAAAUUGAAAUGAAAAAAGAGAAAAGUCACACCUCACACAAAUCUGAUCGAUCACACAGGUUAAAAGAAAGUAGGAGUCCUUACAGGGAGAGUUCAAAUAAAGAAAAGAGGAAUUCAGGAAGAGAAAGUUCCAGAAAGGAAGAGGAGAAAAGAAAUGAUAGGAGGAAGGACAGAAGUAGGUCAAAGGAAAGUCGCUAUAGAUCAAGUUCAGACAGAAGAAAGCGAUCAAGAGAAAGGGAACAAGGAGUACAGGAGAAGAGUUCUGGUGGAAGAAACUCUCAGAGAACAUCAGCACAACAGUCAUCCAAAAGUUCAAGAAGUCAUUCAUCAACACCCAGUGAGAAAAAAGAUACGACAAAGAGUCAAGUGCUUGCAAAGACAUCCAUUUCAAAGUCAACUACAUCAGCCAUUUUAUCAAAAGAAAUUCAGAAAACUGAGAAGGACAAAGACACAAAAGAAGAAUCAACAACAAAAAAGGCUUCAGUGAAAAAAGAAGAAACAGAUAGUGAAGGUGAAGGAAUAACCAUUAAUGCUGAUGACAACAUAUUGACAGGUAUAGACUUUUCAGAUCUCGGUAAGUCUGACUUUGUUACUUUGACAGUAGUGGAUGAAGAUGAUCAACAUGAAACACAACAUGACAGUCGAACUCACACAGAGACUGCAGGAAAAAGUUUAGAUUUUAGAAUUAAACAGACUGAUAUUGUAGAUGCAAAAGAAAACAUGCCAGUUCAAAGUUCUACAAAGAAACCUGAAUUAGCAGCAAGUGAAAGUGUGACACAGGAGUCAGAAAAUGGAAAGUCUAUCGAGAAGCCAACAUCUGAUUUAGUUGAAAAGAAGAAGGCAUCUAUGAAAGUUUCAGAGAAACCUGUGCCUAAAAAAGCUUCAGAGAAGCCGAAAUCUAAUACAGAGAUAGAGAUGGUGGUAGUUAAAGACAUUGAUGAAAUUGAGAAUCCACUGCCAAAUCCGCAUGCAUCAUCCACACCUCAGAGGAAUCCAGUUAAUGAAGAUCUAGACAAAUUCAAAGUUAUGGAGGAGUUAUUCCCUGUAGAAUCAGUUGAGAAAACAAAUAAAGAAGUCAGUAUCAUUGGAGUGGACAAUUUACUUCUUAGUAGAGAUGAAGGGAAACAACAGGCUCAAACUGAAAGUGACAGAAGAUUAGAUUCCAAGGGACCAGAUUUGGUUGAAGUUGCAAACAUACCUGACAGAGAUGAAGUAAAUAUUGUUGGCAUAGAACAUAUGUCCAAGAGUCAAGAUACUAAUUAUAGAAAAGAGGAGAAACUAUUUGAAGUUGCUGGUGAUGAAGAAGAGGAAAUGGAAAUUAGUAUAAUGGAUGAGUCAAAAGUAGGCUCAUCAGAAUAUUCAGAAAAAGAAGAAACAGAUGAUGAUGUCAUUGAAGUAAUCUUCAGCAAUGGGGAGGAUGAGGAAGAAACUCCAGUGACCUCCACAACAGAGUUUAAUAAUACUUUUAGGACUGGUUUUACUGAAAAUGACAAUCUAAGGAAUUCAACCCAAGGUUUAAAGACAGAAUCAGAGUACUGGGACCCCACAAAAGCAGGACUUACAGAACUGGAGGCAUUACAUCCCACAAUAGGAGUGCACCCUGAACAACCCGAAAACUGUGAACAACCAAUGGGAAGCGAAACCAGUAUGAUGACAAAGCAAGGAAUAAUAGAAACUGGUACCAAUGAUAUUGGGGUCAAUUUCUUAGAAAAGGUAGAAAUUGAAAGCAUUGGUGAACCUGAUAAUGUGAUUGAGGAUGGGAUGGAAAUCAUUGUGUUAUCCGAUACUGACACUGAGGAGAACUCUGAUCAAGGUGCAUCUGAAGAUGAAAUUCAAGAGAUAACACCUUUAAGUUCAAGGAAAUCAGCCAGUGAUUUAGGUAAUUUUCAGAUAGAAGAUUCUGAGAAGAAAUGGGAAGAAAGUGAAACCAGUCAUGUGGAAGCAGAUGUUUCCCUCUAUGCAGCUGAAGACAGCCAGUCAGUCAGUGAUUUAGAUAAUUUUAAGAUGGAGGAUUUUGACGAGAAAGAGAAAGAAAGUGAAGCCAGUCAAGUGGAAGCUGGUAUUUCCCUUUAUGCAGCUGAGGACAGUCAAAUAGAAGACGGCACAGAAAUUACCAUUGAGGAUGAUGAAGAGCAGGAUGAAGAUAAUUUAGGCGAGAUUGAUGAAGAUGCUUUCCUAGCAAUGAUGCAAAGUGAAGGUUUGGAUGUAGAAGAUUGUGAGGAUGUGGAAAAUCAAGAUGAAACUAAGGAAGAGGCAGUCGAUGAUGGGGAACAGUUGCAAACAGAGAAAGAUUCUUCACAUUUGUUUAUAACUGUGAGCCAGACUUCAGAGAAAAGAAAUGUGAAAUCUGCAACAGAUUCCCAAGAGAAAUCCAGAUUAAGGUCACCCAUUGACAGAAUUUCCUCAAACCUUGCUAAAAUAAGAAAAGAAGUUGAUAAGGCUUCCAAGCAACCUGAAUCAGACAGUGAAAACAUUAAGGAUCAGGAAAAGAACAAAGCCACAAAAAGUUCUACAGAAAGCAGUAAAGACAAGAACUCGAGGAGUUCUCAGGAAAGGAGCAAGGACAAGAAAUCACAGAGACCCAAUUCUGGUGAAAAAGAUUUGAGACAAGUUAUUCAGAGCAAGAAAUCCCAGAAUUCUAGAGAUCUGAGGAAUGUUAUCAAACAGAAAAAAGCAAGGGAGAAUGAAGCCACUGAGGCAGAGGACCAAAAUGAAGAGUUACCUCUCGGAGUGGAUGAAUAUUUGGCAGAUGAAGAGGAGCUUGUUGAGGUAGAUACAUUUUAUGAUGACUACCAAGAGAAGAAAGUAGAAAUGGUGGUCGUUCAGGAUGAGGCCUUGUUACCCAAAGAGAAAGAGCACUGGGGUUAUGACACAGUAGGAGAAGUCCUGAGACUACCAAUGAAGAUGAAGAAUGUGUCCAUUGAAGACCUGGAAAGUGAAAGUGCGACUUCUAUGCUGGAGGGUUUUGAUGCCUUCUUUGUAGAUCUGGACAGUGGAGAAGGGGCUUUAUACAUUGAUAACUCGGAGCUGAAAACCAUGCGCCCCUUCAUUAUGAUAGGGAGAAUUGCCCGGUUCCUAAAAGACCACCCUCAUGUAGAUGUGGAGUGUGAGAAAGCCAUCUCCUUCCUCCUAGAAGAGAAGAUGAAGACUGUUGGCAUUAAGAAAAAAAAUCAAAUUCCAAAGAAAGGUUUGCUGUAUAUUCGUGGGGUUCCAAAUCAUAUUACGGAGGAGAGAUUGACAAAAUCUCUGAAAGCCAAGGAUGCUAUAAUUCCCAAAAAUUUAAUGGAUAAACGCAUAGGGUUUGCCAUGGUCAUCUAUGAAACGACGGAGGAAGUGAGGGAGUUCCUGGCCACAUUGAAGAUCUUUGAUAAGACCUGUAUCAGGUACCAGGAAAUAUUCCAAAAGCAAAAAGAAUUGGAAAAACAACUUCAAAAACACCCAGAGGCAAAGGGGGCGUUACUUGAUGGAGAAACACAACUACACCGUCAAAAGCAAAAAUUGCAAGCCCGAAAGAAACUGAUGGCCAUACAGAAAGAGAUCAUGAAGAAGAACAAGGAAAAAAUCAAGAAAACAAAUAAUAAGGCCCUGCAGAAAAAGCAAAUAAAGCAGAAAAAGGCAGAAUUAAGAAAACUGAUGGAGAGGGCAAAGAAAAUAGUGGAGGAAGAAGGGUUGGAUGAAAAUCUGAGUAACAUCACAGGUUUAACUGAGACACACAGCAAAGGAAGGAGCAUGGAGGAACAUGAGAGGCUGAGAAGCCCAUUAAAGAAUGCAGAGCAGAGGAGAGCAACCAUGUCUAUGGGAAUUGUUUCAUUUGAGGGCAGCAUCAGAGAUGCAGACUACAACAGGCUGAGGAGAGAGGUCCUUGAGGAAUUAAAGAUUGACAUCACCAAUGGUAAAUUCAGGGAUGGGAAACAAUUGGAAGAUGUUAUUAAUAGGAGAAUUGAUUCAAAGCAUACUGCGGAAACAAGAUCAAGAAUGUGGGGAAGUGGAGUAGCCGUGACCCAGACGACACAGCCUGCUGCUGAAGGAGCUAUGUACACAAUGAACCAGUUUAAAGAUGACUUUAGAAAGGCAAGAAUCCCAGUACAAGGGGCUUCAAAAGUCGAUUCUGGGUUGCCAAACUUGGUUCCAGAUAGCAUUGAGAUUAUGAUACCUGUUCCUGAGGGAACUAUUCCAAUGCAUAACAUGUCAGGCUCAACACAAAUUAUACCCGCAACUGGUUUACCAGCUCCAAUCCAAAUGUUAUCCAGGCAGGUUCCUGUCAUCUCAAACAGCCAGAUGCCUAUCAGCAAUAUUCCUGGUGUUUCAAGUAUGGCAUCUGCACAGCAACCGCCAGGUAUGCAAACCUUUCCACAGCACAGCCAAAUGCCUUCUGUAAGUGGUUAUGUUCAGUCCAAUAGAUCUGCAAUGCCUGUAUCGACAAUUCUCCCAGGAACCAUUGGAAUGCGUCAAGUAGUACCUGGGGCCAUUCCAACAGGAGUUCCAAUGCAGCCACAAAACUACACAAGUGCAUUUCAAAGACCACCUGUAAGACUGCCAAUAUCUGCUGCUACACCAAGAGCACCUCAGGUUCAAACACGACCAGGACCAAUUGGAUACCCAAGAGGUUCUGUUCCACCAGGAUCAGUUCCUCAUGGGGCUCGUACUGGACAUUUUCCACUUGCUAAUCCCCCUGGAACUGUUCCUAGAGCACCAGUUCCAAGGGUACCUGUUCCAGUUGUUGCUCCAACAACCCCUGCAAUCAUCCAGUCCCAACCAAUCAUAUAUAAACCACCAACAUCUGAAGCACCUGCCACUGGUUCCACAGAUAUAGCAAAGAAGUCAGAAGGUGAUUACCAGAACCGAAUUAACGUGCAGCAAGGACAGUUAAUGAAAGAGGAUAAAAAAUCAGAUUCUCAAUCUAAAUCUAAAGGUAGAGACAGUGCACCUUCAAUUAAAAUCAAUGUUGGAAGUCAAUUCUCCAAGAAAUCAAUGGAGGUACUCAAAAAGAGAAAGAAUGAAGACAUUGAUGGCGUGCCAAUGGAGGAGGGGACUCUAGCCAAGAAAUCUAAACCAGAUGAACCGGGUCUGAAAUCAAUCCUGAAAAGACAAAAUCCUAUGGGCCAGAUUGACAUGUUUGAUUCUGAUGAUAAAAAUAAAAAGAUGGGUGGUUCCCAGGGCACUUCCAGACAGACUGGUGAGUCGCAGUACAAAAGACGGGGAAAUCUAAUCAAUGUUCCAAUUCAGAAAGGGAACAUUCAACAGAAAACACAAGCAAAACCACCACAACAGCAGGAGAUUGGCAAUAAAAUUGAGGUGUUGCAAAACAGGGUGGCACAAAAAUUCUCCUCGGAACCUCAGCAAUCAUCAGAACCUCUGCAAGAGGACCAUGCACAAGGAAAUGUCUCCCCGCAGACCCUUUCCUACUUGAAGGCUCAUCAAGUGAGGCAGCAGAAGACAUCAUACUCCUCCAGUGAAUCAGAUGAGGAGUCCACAGAUUUCAUACAAAGGCUCAAGGGCCCUGAGGGUUUAAUAUCAUUGAUGGAUAUUGAUGUAUCAGGUGCUCAGUCCAACAGACGUAGCAUUCAGGAGACACUUCAGAAGUGGGACUACUUGGCAGAGAAGCAGAAAAUUCAGAGGGAAAAAGAAAAACUAGCCAGGAAAGAGGCUAAACUAAAGAAAAUGAUGGAAAAGGCACCCAUUCUUAUGCAAGAAUAUGAAGAAAGUGAGAAGAAACGACAAGACAAGAAGAAAAGCCAAGAAAAUGACCCAUUAAUAAAACUUCUUCAGUCAGCUCUGGAAGCAGCUCAGCAAAAGGCAAAUAUUAAACGGUCCCCCUCACCGGUCCUCACUGACCUUGAGGAGGAGGAUAUGUCAGUGUCAGAGGAUGAGGAUGAAUCUGCUCAAGGAGGAGAGUUCAUCAUUGACUAUGGUCAUAAGUCUAUAGCAGGAGAAAAGGAGACACCUCGGAAAAUGACCAGAAGGCAGAGAAGAGCCCUGAGGAUGGAUCAGAAAAAAGCUGAAAGAGAGUACAGGAAAAAGUUUGAGGAUCAGAAAAGGCAAGAGUCAUUAAGUGAGAAAGAUUCAAGAGAUGAACUGACAGAAAUGUUGAAAACUUCACUGCAAGCUGUGCAGGAGCAUCUUCAAGAAAUGAGGAAAGAAAAACCUCUGUCACAGCAAGAGCAGUCUGUACAGAAUCCUUUCCUACAAGACCUGAUGUCUCGAGUCCAGACUCAUAUUCAAAACCAACAAGCAGGGGGAGCCAGCAGUUCUGCUUUGACUGCCCCACCCAGCUCACAGUCCUCCUCUAUCAAACAGAGCCUUCCACAAACACCAUAUACUCAAGCCACCACAGAUAGCAGUGUGGCAACCAGCUCAGAAGAAACAAGAACCAGUUGGGCCUCUCACAUGCAGCCUCAACCAGGUUUUACAUCUAUCUCUCCUUACGUACCAGUGUCCAAAAAUGCUUCAAAGUUGCCAUCGAACACAUUUGAAUAUGACCAUGGCAGCAAAGGAGCUCAGCCAGGAUGGAGUGGUUUUGAAGGUGAUUUCAGAGAUGAGGUGUCAACUGCUCUUCAUGGUCAGACUGUGGAGCAUCCUGCUCAGGAAGUGCGAGAAGUGUUUGAUUACGGACACAAGUCAAAGGCAGAAGCAACAGUUAGUCAGCCUGAUCUCCAAAGAGGUGAUGUGAAUGCAGCCUCCAGUCAGCCUCCUCCUCAGACAGACAUUCAUAGCUUGACAAUCGAAAGCAUUAGUGAAAUCCUAAAGGUGGCUAAAAACCUGCAAGCUUCUCAAUCAACAAAAGGGAAAGGAAGUACUGGGAAACAAACAGAGACUACUGACAGUGAGCAGCAUCAGAAGGGUAAUUCUGAAAACCUCAAAACUAAUAGUGUGAGUGAAUUCUUGAAGAACAUGCCUCAAAGCAGCCUUGCCAAUUCUUCAUCAGAAAGUAAAACCCCGGUGAUGGACAAGAACGUGUCUGGUCAGUCAUCUGCUGGUCCAACAGGAACUAGAAUGCACUUUCAUGGGUCUCAAGGAAGAAAUAAUCAGAGAAACCAGGACUUUGGACAGAGAAGGAGCAAUUAUGCUGGUAAUUCUACAAAUCAAAACAAAAAUAUGUCUAGUAAUUCUUCAUUACAGAAGAAUAGCGAGAAGUCUGAGUCUCCACCUGUGGAAAUGUUUGUAGGAAUGGAGAGGUCCAGAUAUGAAAGACAGAAGCAUAGAGAAAAGGAAGAGAACCAGAGAGGGAUGGAGAAAAAAUUCCCAGAAAACCAAGGUUCUUUUGGUGGGCAACAGAAUAGGGGCAAUAAUGUCCGACCUGGACAAGGAAUGGGAAGGGAAUCGGCUCUCCCCAGUGCACGAUCAUUCAGAACAGGACAAACUAAUUCUAACCAAUCUUCUUUUGGGCACAAUCAGCCUAUGAACAAUAGAUCAGGACGACAACAUUCCCCAAUGCAGAAUAGCCCAGGGCAGAACAUGCACAUGGAAAACAGACCUGACCCUGAACCUGGGCAGUCUGUGCAAAAUCGACCUGGUCUAAAUAACCAUAAUAGAUCCGGACAAAAUUCACAAUAUAGGCCUGGGCAGAACAUGCACAUGGAAAACAGAUCUGACCACUCUGUGCAAAAUCGACCUGGUCUAAAUGACCAUAAUAGAUCGGGACAAAAUUCACAAUAUAGGCCUGGGCAGAACAUGCACAUGGAAAAUAGAUCAGGACAAGCUGUACAAAAUCGACCAGAUCUACAGACAUAUAAUAAAUCUGGACAAAAUACAUAUAAUAGAUCUAGGCAAAGUACACAAAAUAGGCCUGGAUCUAUGCAAAAUAGACCAAGUCAAAUGAAACACCAGCAUCAAGGACACUCCAAUAUGUCCCAGUCAGACAUGCAUAAAAAGAGGGAGGCUGAAUCCAUCACAGACCUAAUGACAACAAACGAACUGCAGUCAUGGGAGGAUUUGCAGCGACAGUUGAGGCAGUCAUACCUGGAGGAUCAAAUAGCUGGACCCACAAUGUCUGCUUACGACCAGCGACUGCAGCAGGGGAAUCAGCAGAGAUCCAGCAAACAACAACAGCAAGCUAGUUCUCUGGAUUGGUUUCAACAAUCCAAACAACUUCAAAUGCAGGACAAGUUAAAGAAACAAUCAGCACCAAAAGGAAUCUUAAAGGGAGCUCCCAGUACAGCAAGUAAAAUUUGGGCUGAAGAUGACAUGGAGUUCCACACACCUCCACAGCAGACAGCAAAAUGGGGUCAAGGUGUGACCUCAUUUGACUACUCUGACAGAUGGAACAAAGGACAGAAUUCAAAUCUAGUGCAUUAUGCUAACUCAGAUUCGGACUGAUCACAUGAUUCUGUACACCACUUCCUGAACUUACAGUGAUAGCGAAAUCUUCAGUGAACACAAAGGGAGAAGUGAAUAAGUAAUUUGCAUGCAUGUGUCAUCUACCUGGUACAUAAGACAUUUUAUAUUUAAUGAUAAAAAUGAGGAUUAUGAACUUUUUAUCACAUUUUUUAUGUAGGUUUCAGUGUAUACGGUAUUACUGAGUUGUUGUAUAUCAUCGACUGCAAAUGUUUUAUUGGGAUGAAAAUUACUGUAAAAUGAAAUUGUGUUAAUUCAUGUUGAAUUUUUCCUGUUCACUAUCUGUUACAUAUACAUCUGUUGUGUGAAGUACAUGUUUGAUUUUGUACUAUGGAUCACUGAAUUCCUUUAUAUUGUGAAAUGAUUAUGUAAAUAAGAAUUUACUGUAUAUGAUUUUUACACACAUGAUUUUAAAAUUUUAUACAAUUUGUUCAGAAUAAAUUAUAUCAAAUUGUUGAAA